AUGUCACUUGCCGCAAGUAUUGUUAUUUUGGCGGUGUUUGUUCUAUUGGCUCGCUAUGUCGUACGCUUGAUGUUGGAUUCCGUUUCACAUACCAGAGCAAUUCCAGGGCCCCUUUGGUCACGAUUGACGAACCUAUGGUAUUUGCGUCAAAUGGUCAAAGGAGACUUUCACAAUACCAAUAUCAAACUUCACCGUCAGAAGGGAACGAUAGUCCGAAUUGCUCCGAACUACUAUAGUUUGAGUGAUCCAGCAUGCCUCAAGACUAUCUAUGGCCUCGGAACGAAAUACGUAAAAUCAUCGUGGUAUGAUGCGUGGAAUACAGAAGAAGAUCUUACUUGGACCAACCUUUUCUCUGAAAGAGACCCGAAGAAACAUGCCGCCAACCGCCGUAAAGUCGCAAGCAUGUAUUCCAUGACAACGUUGACGAGCUAUGAGCCUUUCGUCGAUAGUUGUAUUGGCCUCUUCCGAAGACAGCUUGAUCAGGCGGGCAGCUCGGACUCCGCAGUCAAUCUUGCGCACUGGGUCCAGUGCUACGCCUUCGAUGUCAUAGGAUAUAUUACAUUCGGAGAGCGAUUCGGGUUCCUCGAUAACAUGCUAGACGUGAGCAAUAUUAUCAAAAACCUCGAUGCUGCUAUUUCUGCAGCUUCGUAUAUCGGCUUGUUUAUCACGCUCCGGUCUCUCAUUAUGAAGAUACUUCGCAUAAUGGGGCUGCUAGGCACGGAUGCUUUAGCAGACUUCGCUGAAAGAAAUGUUAAGAUGGGUGGGUCGAGAAAAGCUAUCUAUGGCGCCGAGACUAUUGGUUCCCAUUCACCUAUGCUGAAUAAACUCCUGGAAGCUAAGAAAGCUGCUCCCGGAAGAUUCACAGAAUGGGACAUCAUGGCCAAUGUUAUCUCCAACGUGGGAGCUGGGAGUGACACUACAGCUAUCAGUCUCAGUGCUGUAUUCUAUUUCAUCUACAGUAAUCCCGAGACUCUCCAAAGGCUUCGCGAUGAGCUAGAAGUUUCUGGAAUUGAUGAUAUCCCGAGGUUCAGCGAUACGCAAAAACUUCCGUACUUCCAGGCGGUGAUGAAGGAAUGUCUUCGCUUGCACCCUGGCACGGGGUUUCCGAUGUUUCGUGAAGUUCCUGAAGGGGGUGCUAUGAUAUCCGGCCAGUUCUUUCCACCAAAGUCCAAUGUCGGCGUGAACAGCUGGGUCAUACAUCGAGACAAACAGAUCUACGGUGCUGACGCGGAUGAAUUUCGACCGGAGCGGUGGUUACAUGCUAGCGAGGCCGAAAAGGCGCUCAUGGAGCGAAGCUAUAUGCCCUUUGGUAUGGGCUCACGGACCUGCAUUGGAAAGAACAUAUCCUUGUUGGAAAUGAACAAAUUGAUUCCCCUGGUGGUACGAGAGUAUGAUGUGGAAAUUCUUGGUCACGGGCAAGGGCUUAAGACAUGCAACCACUGGUUCGUAAAGCCAGUUGACUUCAUGGUGCGUAUUUCUAAGAGUAAAAAUCCGGGAUAG